GCGUUAAAAUUUUUAGAUUAAUCACCUCAUUUCUUAUUUUAAACAACAUACAAACAUUAUAUUUUUUAUUUCCAUUUUAAAAUCAAUUCAUGAGUAAGAGGCCCUUAUCCGUUACAGGAAUAUGAAUAAAUCGUAAGGUUGAGAGAGACACUUAAUUUGGAUUAGAAUUAAUAGGCAUACCAAAUUAGGAUUUAUUUAAAAAAAAUGUAGGCGUCUUAUUAUGAUUAGUAGGAAAUGUAAGGAAAUGUAAGGGAAAAUUAGAAUUAUAGAAUUUAUGGAAUUUAUGGAACCAUUACAUUUAGGGACUUUUUUGCUGGGAUUACAUUUGGGACUUUUUGCUGGGAUUACAUUUGGGACUUUUUGCUGGGAUUAUAUUUGGGACUUUUGCUGGGAUUACAUUCGGACUUUUACUAGGAUUAUAAUAAUUUACAUUUGGAUUUUUGCUUGGAUUACAAUUUGGGACUUUUACUUACUGGGUUACAUUUGAACUUAAUGGGUUACAUUCGAAAUUAUAAUAAUUUACAUUUGGAAACUUUAACUGGGGACUACCUUUACUGGGAUUCAUAUUCUGGAAUCAUAAAUCAUAAUAAUCUACAAUCAUGUAGUCAUAUUGUCAAGGGUGGAUUCAAAGGUGGAACCUUACAUCCUUACAUUUAACAAAAUUUAGAAAUCAUUAAAGAAAAUCAAUGAGAAUCAAUCAAAAAAAGAAUUAAUUAAAGGUGACACGAUUUUUUAGCUUCAAAGGUUUUAUAAAGAUUAUUUAGGAAAACAAGAAGUUUUGAUUAAUAAUAA